AAUUUUAUUAAUAAUUUAAAUAAUUUAAAUUAUUUUUUUAAUUAUAAUUUUUUAUAUUUCUGUAAAAUAACGAAACGAAGUACAUUCGUAGCUAAUUUUGCGACUUCUUUACGUGCAAGCUUAACGAGGUUUUUACGAGGAAAUAUUUACAAGGAAAUAACGUGGAAAAUUCACGUUGUCUUUACGAGGAAAGCUAUCAAGGUAUUUACGUUUACUUUACGAGUGUUUACUUUCGAGUUAUUUACGUGGCUUUAACGAGGAAUGGCUUUCGAGGUAUUUACGAGGAAAUUUAGCGACGUCCUUACGUGGAAGCUUUACGUGGUCUUUACGACGAAAUAUUCUUCUUCGCUUUUACGACGAAAUUAUUUCCUCGCUACGUUACGACGAAUUAACGAGGAUAUAUGCGUUACGACAAACGUAUUACGACGAAACGGAUUUCCUCGCUAAUUCCUCGUAACACUGCUUUUACGACGAAGUCACGAGGAAAACUGCCCUCGUAAAACUUGUGUUUCUUGUAGUGAUGAUAUAUCAUUAUUACAGCAAUAAGCAACUUCUCGUUUUUGUUAUCGACAUGCGACUCAAUUAGAUUUUUGCAGUCUUAGGUUUGCUAGAACUAGGGAACUCACCCACAUCUCUUGUGGCCAACGCUAUUACCUUCUUGUACCCGCUUAUACGCAUAUUCAUAAUAAGACAUCUUUUGCUGUCUUUUUGUUUUUAUUGAUUUACUAUUUUUGUAUGUUUACGUUACCUGAUUGCUUAACGUGUGGCUUAGCAGAAAUCCAAUACCUCUAAAAAGAUUAAGAUUUCUUAGGGUGUGACUGGUGACCAAGAGAAUGAAGAGGAACAAUAUGUUCCUUAAUAUUCCUUAAACAUUUUACCAUUCAUGAGGAAUAAGUUUUCCUUUUCAUUCCUCUUCAUUCAUUUAUUUGUAGAGAAUUAUAGAAUAAAUCAAUUCCUCAUCAAUUUUGAUAAGGAACAAUCAUUCUUUAUCAUUCCUAAAAAAUUAUUCCUAUUCAUUCAUUUUCUAUCCGUUCCUAUUGUUCCUAUGAUGGUUACCAAUCACACCCUUAGUUUUCCUGAUUUACGGAAAUCUACGGUUUGAAUUUUGGUUCUCAAUAAACUUGCAGGACUACUUUGACGAUGGUUUCAUGUCACAAUCUAAUUGUUAGGAUAAAACGGUUAUAGAGGUACUCUUUUAUGUUUUAUUCUUAUGUAAAUGUCAUUCUUUUUUUUUAUAGUUCAAUAAAUAUGAAAUUUCAUUAAAACCAAAAAAAAACUCAAAACUAAAUCAAAUACAUCAUUUUGAUCCGUUCAACAAAUUGUCACUGAAAGUCAGAGACCUCUAAUCUCCAAAAUCCCAUAUUCCGUUUUGGAACGAAUAAACCAUCACGAACUCUUAAAAUGGUAUGUGUUUCAAAAUUAGUUACGUGUACAUUUCUAGAUGACAUGUAUACUUCAUCUGUUUCAAUAUAGAUGAUGUUUUAGGUAAUUGUUUUUGUUUCAUAAUAGAUGAUGUUAACUUUAACUUUAUCAAAAAUUGUGUAAUCAAUUGUAUUUUUAUUAUUUUUGUUUAUAAUUAAAUAAAUUACUUUUAAAUUAUAUUUCAAUGAUUUUUUGUUUAGAAAAGAUAAUUUUUUUAAUAUGUGUGCAAAGAACCAAAACUUCAUCUAUUAUGAAACGGAGGGAGUAUAACUAAACUGCGUGGAUGUGUGUCUAGCAUAUUAUACUGGGAUCCAAAUAAUUUAAGAAAAAAAGUCUUGAAUAAAAUUGAUUCUUGAACUGAUAAAACAGGAAUUUAAUGAAAUCUACUAAAAAUAAAUAAAAGAUCAAACCAUAUAUGAUGCCUUUAAAUAACAAAAUUUUGAAUGGCAAGCAUCAGGACAGUCAAGAAUUUGUUUUGUAGAUGGUGCGUGGAAAGAGAAUGACAAAUUCACGGGGCAGGGAUGGUUCUGCAGAGUAGUAGGAUCAGAAGAGAAGAUGAUGGGGGCGAUGAAUCUCCGAAGAAGCUUAUCAGCUCUACAUGCUGAAUGUGAAGCUUUGAUAUGGGCUAUGGAGUGCAUGAAGACCCUUGAUUUUUCAGACGUAGUUUUUGCAACAGACUGUUCUCAAUUGGUGAAGAUGGUGUCCUCACCAGACGAAUGGCCAGCUUUUGCUACACACAUGGAGGAGUUUCGACGCAGUAAGUGUUUCUUUCCUUCCUUCAAGAUUCGACAUAUACCAAGAGCAACUAAUCUAGUGGCGGACAAGCUUGCACGAGGUGCUCGGAGUUCCCCUUCAGCUGUGUUUUAUGUUGAUUCUACCCCACCGGUUUGGUUUUCCGAGCCGGAAGGUUUCUUAUCAUAGUUUAGUUAUUGUUGUCAAAAAAAAAAAAAAAAAAAUAACAAAACGGAAUCUUAGAGCAAAUAUGAUAUGUGAUAUAAUGACAUUUUAAUUUGAUAGUGAAAUGGAUCCUUAAAAUACUUGCCAUUUAAUUUAAAAAAAUUAAAAAGAUAUUUCAGCAUAACUACUUAACAAUUUUAACUUCAGUGGCUUGAUUUAACUUUUAAAUAAAUUUUAUUUUAGUUAUUUUGAUCUUUAGAACUAUUUUUGUUAUGAAAACUUUUUGUGGUAUUCUAAAAUAUUUUCUAAAAGUAAAGCUAAGAGCAUGAUUAAUGGAGGGUUCUUACCAGAAUAUAAAAAAUCUAUCUCUUAACUUUUAACUAAGGCUUUGAAUGGUAAAAGCAGUUCAAGCGGAACAGAUCAAGCAGAUCAAGCAGGACAAGUGCAGAUCAAGCGGAUCAUGCAUGAGAGAACCAAAUCAAAUAAUUUAUUAUAACUUAUGAAUGACAAAAUCAGUUCAAAACUAUAGAUCAUAUAUUAAAACAAUAAAAAUGACACUUAGAUAUCUAAAUAAAUAUUUUAGAUGUUAUAGGAUCGGUCGAAAUGCAUGUAAAUGUUUUGUAGGAUACUUAUACUUUUUUAUUUUCUUAUUUAUAAAAAUUAAAAAAUUAUAUGACAAAAAAAUAAUAAGUAGAGAAUGAUAAUUUUGUAUUGUUAAAGUUGUAAAUAAAAUAAAAUAAAAAUAUUGUAUUCAUAAAACUAGAUAAAUAUAUUUUUAAAGUUAUGUGUUGUAACAAAGUUAUUUAUUGACCAAACAAAAAAAAAGCAGAUCAACACUUAGUGUUCAAAUGGAGGAGUGGGACAAGUGCAGUUCUCCUGCGCAUGCAGUUCUCCCGCACUGCAUUCACCAUUCACUCUUUUCUGUUUACAAAAGCAGUUCAAGCGGGAGAUCUGCAUGCAGUUCAAUAUUUUUGUCUUUUUGUGAAAAAAACAGGACAGAUCUCACCCACCAACAUUUGGUGGCGUUGAUCUGCUUUUUUUUUGUUUGGUCUAUAAAUAACUUUGUUACAACACAUAACUUUAAAAAUAUAUUUAUCUAGUUUUAUGAAUAUAAUAUUUUUAUUUUAUUUUAUUUACAACUUUAACAAUACAAAAUUAUCAUUCUCUACUUAUUAUUUUUUGUCAUAUAAUUUUCAACUUUUUUAAAUAAGAAAAUAAAAGAAGUAUAAGUAUCUUAUAAAACAUUUACAUGCAUUUCAGUCGAUCCUAUAAUAUCUAAGAUAUUUGUUUAGAUAUCUAGGUGUCAUUUUUAUUGUUUUAAUAUAUGAUCUAUAGUUUUGAACUGUUUUUUUCAUUCAUAAGUUAUAAUAAAUUAUUUGACCGGUUUGAUCUGGUUCUCUCCUGCAUGAUCCGCUUGAUCUGCACUUGUUCCGUUUGAUAUGUACUUGUUCUGCUUGAUCUACACUUAUCCUGCUUGAUGUGCUUCAUCUAUCCCGCUUGAACUCUUGAACUGCUUUCAUCUUUUGAAGUCUAAAAAACCUAAAAACCAGCUAUAAAUAAUAAUGUUAAAUGCGUUUUCAAAUGUAAAAAAGUUCUUAUACACAUUUUCAGUUAAUAAAUAUUACUACUAUAAAAUACCAGGAGAGCGUGGAGAUCACGGAAUUUAAUGAGGGAGCGUGAGCUAAAACAAUCAAUUAAAUACGCAAACUCACGCCGCAUUAACGGGACGUUAAAGGCUAAAAGCCGGCACAAACAUAAACCUCACUGUCUGUUUUUGGGCGGUGCUUUUCAGUCAAACCCUCGUUGACCCAUCUCUCUCCCAAAAUAAACUAUUUUUCUUUAUAAAUUUACCCGACAUCACUUCUGGUUUUCAUUACCAAUGGCUCCUCCAAAACAAUUGAACGCAAGUAACGCCGCCAUAUGUGAAGGUAGCGGCAGUGGAUGCAAAACAAUGUUGAAGGAAGUGCGUUUUAGAGGUGUGAGGAAGCGGCCGUGGGGGAGAUAUGCGGCGGAGAUCCGUGACCCGGGAAAGAAAACCCGGGUUUGGCUCGGGACAUUUGAUACGGCGGAGGAAGCCGCUAGAGCUUACGACACCGCCGCUAGAGAGUUUCGCGGCUCCAAAGCAAAAACUAAUUUCCCUCUUCCCGGUGAGUCUCCGACGAGCGACGGUUCCAUCGACGGGUCGGGGAUGACAACGCGCCGGAUAGAGAUGGUGGGGAGAUUCCCGUUUGCAUGCAACCGGCAGAAUAAUGUCUCCAGCGGGUUACCACCGAAUGUUGCCGGUUUUUUCUUCGAUCCGUCAAGGGCUACUGCAUUAAGGGUUGAGCUUUCUCAAGUCUAUCCGGUUCAGUUUGAUCCGGUUAAUAUCGAGCUGAGUAUUGGUAUUCCAGAGACAGUAAAGGUCAAACCGAGAACUGAACUAAACUUGGAUCUUAACCUAGCUCCACCUUUGGACGUUUAGAUUUGUUCUUCUUUCUCUUAUUUUGUUUUUUUUGCUGCAGGAAAAAGAAACGUUCGAAAUUUUCUUCUGGUAUUUUUUUGUAGAGGAGAAAAUAUUUUUAGAUUAAUUUUUCUUAGAAUUUUUUUAUUGUAGUUUCUCUAUGAUCUUAGUUUCUCUAUGCUUCCUUCUAAUUAUAUGUGGAUGUAAAUUAUAAUCAAAUUGUUAUCUAUUUUCUCCCUUUCAUUGUUCUUGUCAAAUUUUGAAAUUAAAUGGUGGUUGCCUGGUUGGUCCAUCAAAUGGCAGAUGAUAUUACUCCAUUAAGUGGCUGUGGAAAAUGAAAUCAAAGAAAUAUCGAACGUUUACAUUGUCUGUCAACGUCAAACAAAUUAAUAUAUGGGAGGUGUACAAAAAACAUCGUCAUCACAAUACUACACAAAGCAGUUGCCUUUUCAUUAAUGUUCUUCUCGUUAUAUUAAAUUUUUGUUACACGAAGGGUUUCUGAAUAUUAUUAGCUCGCUGUGUGGAAAAUGCAUUAUUAAACUCCCUGUCAAUCAAUAGAAAUGCCGAACUUUAAGAUCCUUAAGUCAGGAACAUUUGAAAAUCAUGAAUUUUGAAAUGUUAAAAGAUGUAAGAUAGAGGGAUGGCAUCAUCUGUCCAAUCUUCGAGUUUCGUGAAGACUGGGAUGAUGACAUAAGUGUCAGGUGGGAAGCACGUGUGUCUUAGCCGUCCAACAAGGCGACUCUUCUUAUUUUUGUUUGUUCCGACUUAAUCUAGGAAGUAGUAAUCUAAAAAUUGCUUCAUAUUUUUGGGUAUUUUAGGUUAAUUCUAAACGUUGAAAAAAACAGGGUUAAUUCUAAACAAAACUUUAUUCGCGGAACACAAUUUUUUUGUUUUUUUAACUUACAUAUUUGUUUAAGAAAAACAUUAUAUUCAUCGGCGAAAAAAGCAAUCUCGUGAACACUAGCGUUCGCCCUCUUCGAUCGUCGUCGGUUGCAUCUCUUCCCUCUCUGCUUUUUAAUUUUGCUCUCCUACUCUUCUUUGUUGUCGGCGUCAAUAUGUUGAGCAUCGACGAGACGUCUUCGGUUGUAAGGUAAAGGAGUAGGCUUUAAAGUCUCUAGAGCUUGUCAGAUCUCGUUUUCCUUUUUGUAGAUCUUGUCUUCGGUUGUUUUGAGGGCGGCGCGUGAGGUUUGGAAUUAGGUUCUACUCUGAAUAAAAUAUUUAAUUUUAUCCACAGUCCAGAUUUUUAUUCCGAGAUUCUGCUCAUACCUUUGGUUACGACUGAAGACUUCAUGGAGGUCUUCUGGAUAAAACUAAAUAUUUAAGUUUUAAUUUUCAAUUGCAAAAGUAACAUAAGACGACUUUCAGUGACAGUGAAAAGACUUUCACCGAUUGUUGAGACGACUUUCAUGGAAAUCUUAUGUAGAGAAGACUUACAUGUAAGUCUUCUAAGAAAAACAAAUUUUUGACAUAAUUCUGUCAAUUCCAAAACUAACAUUUUUUUUAUCCAAGAAGACUGCUUCUCUCGUAUUUUUUAGAUUUUCUUAAAUCAAAAGUAAGUCAAUAUUUACAAAAGAAGACUUCCACAAAAGUCUGCUGUAGAAUAGACUUCUCAGGAAGUUUUCCUUUGUAAUUUGUAAAUACAAAAAUGACCUACUUGGGAUACUUCCUAGAAGCUUCUGCCGGAAGACUUCAAGUCUUCUACGUCAGUGUGUAAUAAACUUUCAUUUCUCUAAAAUUAAAAAAAAAACUUUUUAAUAUUUCUUGUUAGUUCAUGUAUAUUAGUCCAUAUUGGGGCUCUUGAAUGAAAUUUACAACUUAAUUGGUAAUAAUUAUGAGGUUGCCAACAUUCAUAUUUAUUAAUGUCUCUAGCUAAUCCGAGAAUGUUUAUUAAGAAAUCUUCUACGUUAGUUUUUGUAAACUCGUAUUUUUAAGAGUGUUAAGUAACUUUAAGUUUAAGAUAAUUUUUAAAAAAUUUCAAAAGUGUUAAGUAAUUUCAAGAAUAUCAAAUUCAUGUAGUUUAAUGUGUCUUCUUAGAUCGUAAAAUAUUCUUUUUAAAUUUCAUAAGAUUUAAAAUUUUAGUUUUCACUUAAAAUUUAAUUUUUCCGCUUAAAUUUUCCGUUUAUAUUUUCAAUUCCCGCUUAAAAUUUAAGUCUUCCGAGAAGUCUUCUGUGAAGACUUUUUGAAAGACUUCCCAUAAGACUUCUAUUGAAAGUUUUAUAUGUCCUUCUCUUAUGUAAUGUUUGAUUUUUUUUUGUGAAUUUAACUAUGUUUUUUUUAACUCUUCUCGCUUAGUUUAGUAAAUUUGACUAAAAGUUCUUGUUAUUGUGUUUUGCUAUUGAAGUUGUAUACCAAAUUCUUUUCAUUAACAUCUCUUCAAAUUUAACUAUGUCAAGUACUUUUGACAAGAUAAUAUGGUAGAUAUGAACAUAUUUACCAAAUUCUUUUCAUUAACAUCUCUUCAAAUUUACAAAAAGAAUCCACAACUAAAACAAUACACACAAAUCACAAAACAAACCAUUAACAAAACUAUUAUACUUAAAGUUAUAGAUCAUUCCUCCACAUAGGUAAGUUUGGACUCCACUUGACAUACACAUCGUAAACUUUGAUAGUCCUCUUGUUUCAGGUUUUUGAAGAGUUCGUGGAAAACAUUCAGGAAGUCUUCUAGCUCAUUAUAUGUUAGAAUACUUCUGAGAAAACUUUUCUGGAACUCUUCCAAAGUCUGACUCAGAUCUGAAAAUAUGCAUAUCCCAAAGCAUUCAAAUGGUUUCAAAAUAAAGAAAUUUUUCAAAAAAAGGAUAAAAGUUUUAAGCAACAAAAGAAGUUUUCAAAAGGUAAGAGCUUUAAGCACCAAGAGGUCACCAAAUAAAGAAAAUCAUAUUUAUAAAUUACUUUUAAAGGACUGGAAAAUGACAACCAUGUAAUAAAAAACAACAAAACAAGAUAAAUCA